AUGAGCCUUCCAUCGGAGGUAUUCAGUCAGUCUUCCCUCGUGCCGAUAGCUAAAAUUGCCAGCGCGCCAACGCGUCUUCAGCGCAUUAUUUGGGUCAUAAUCUCCACUGCCAUGUUCAUUGGCCUCUGUAGCUGCAUUACCCUCGUCAUCAUCCAAUAUUGCAUGCAUCAGACGGUGUUUCAGUUGGACUACUCCGGACGACAUACUGUCUACGACCAGAUCCCAGGUAUUACUAUCUGUCCCGAUCCUCAGGAAAUACACCGUCUCUUCAAUCAUGCCAGAAAGGAGCGGGGCUGGCCAGAGGCGAAUAAAAAAACCGAGCAAGGCUCCGUGCCAUGGCUAAUUUCAGCAGUAAAUAAAGAGCUGCUAAAGCUCAUCACCUCCAAUCGAGCGUCUGAUCCGCCCGGCGCGAUCGGUCACUACUUGCCUUCGGGCAGUCUCUACUGGGACACUCAGGUGAUCGCUAAAUCGCCCAUUUACCGAGUGUUGCACAACUUUUCUGUCACCUUCCAGAUAAAGCCCGCCAAUGUUGUGAACAACUACCAACUUUUUGUGCUGGAACAAGUAAGUUUCAGCGCUUCAGUGGUGCUGAUUGUGCUUAAUUGUUAA